AUGGCCUCCGUGAUCUUCCCAAUCGUCCUUUUUAAGCCUGAACACACCACCUCUACAGCUGCCAAUGUCAGAGGCAGCUCCAACAAGGUUUCCCAUCCAGCUCCAGCACACCUCAUCAGUGAGCUUGAAUAUCUCCGUAGCAACUACAGUGAUCUGAUCAAGGCUGCAGAGGAGGCCAACGAAACGCUGCAGAGAGCGAUCGAACACCCUGCCAAUGUCAGAGGCAGCUCCAACAAGGUUUCCCAUCCAGCUCCAACACACCUCAUCAGUGAGCUUGAAUAUCUCCGUAGCAACUACAGUGAUCUGAUCAAGGCUGCAGAGGAGGCCAACGAAACGCUGCAGAGAGCGAUCGAACACCGUGCAGAACUAAAGGUUCAAAUUGAGCAGCAGAAAACCAUCAAUGACAAUUAUCAGAGACAGACUGAGGCACUGCGAACAGAGAAGACAAAUCUUAAGCUCAAUGUAUCGUCCUAUGAGGGAUCCUGUGGCAAAUGCCCCUCUGGAUGGCUGUUUCUCAACUCAUCUUGUUAUUACUUUUCUUACAUCGAGUCCUCUUCUGCCACAAAGAGCUUUAAUGAUAGCAGAGAGGACUGUAUCAGUCGUGGUGCAGACCUAACAAUGAUCGAUAGCCCGGAGGAGCAGAAUGCAAUUAUAAAGCAGAUAAAGGCUGACGGGAGCAGGGUUGGAAAUGGUGAAACCUGGAUUGGACUGCACCACUUCCCUGGUGAAAACACUUGGAAAUGGGUGGAUGGAAGAGCAUUGGUUGGGGGGUAA